AUGCACGGAAUACCCAGAAACCACACCAUCGAUGAGAAGAAGAAACAAAUUUUGAAGGAAAAGAUCCAAGUCUUUUCUGCACUCCGAAGCGAUCUGCUCAAGAACAAGCACGACAAGAUUUUUUCGUAUGAUGCCCUUUCUAAAAUCGAGAAAACUCUCUACAUUUCUCCCGAGUUUUAUACGUUGUGGAAUUAUCGGAAGGAAAUUAUAACUCAUCUUACUGAAGAGAAUGAAGAAAUUAAGAACUCAAAUGAAAAGAAAAAGGAAUUAUACGAAGGAGAAUUACAGUUGACUCAAACCAUUCUCAGCAAGCAUCAUAUCAAAUCAUAUGCCACAUGGCACCAUCGUUGUUGGAUUAUGCAAAAGCUUGACUCCGGUUAUUGGGAGAAUGAUCUCAAAUUAACUGCACAACUGUUGAGUUACGACAAUCGGAAUUUCCACUGUUGGAAUUAUAGAAGAUUUAUCUUACAACUGCUUGACAGAAAACCCUCUGCUGAAUUGGAAUAUUUGUAUGGAAUGUUGGACGAUGUACAAAAUUAUUCUGCGUGGCAUAAUAGAUCUGCUCUCCUCGUUGAAUACUCGGAAAAAGAAUCAAUACCAUUCACAGAAGUUGUGAAUCAAGAAUAUGAUUUGUGUACCAACGCUUUCUACACUGAACCCUCCAAUCAGAGUGCUUGGAUCUAUCACCGCUGGUUGCUCGCUUCACCUGAGGGAAAGACUUUAAAAUCUAAAGACCUCGAAACAUGUAACGAAUUGUUAGACAUGAUGACAGGUUUGAAGAAUCCAAAAGAUGAAAAAUGGUGUCUUGUUACUAUUGUGUUGAACAUGUUGGACGAGGAAUCUCUCGGAGAUGCUGAAAAAGAGACUGUCAUCACUCAUCUCAACAAACUCGUUCAAUUGGAUCCAACACAUAAGGGAUACUACCAUGAUAUUCGUAGCGACUUUUUAUUGAAACAUUACACAAACAGAGACAAUUUUGAAAAGCUUGUCGUCCACUCAAUGCAAAUUUCAAGAAUGCACAUUCUCAACACGUUACCAGAAUUUUUUGCACAACUCAAACACAUCGAUCUCUCAAACAACAAUAUCACUUUAAUUCCAACUUUAAAAUUGGAACAGUUGGAAGAAUUGAUAUUGGACAAUAACAAGAUUAGAUUCCUCGGAGGCCUUACCCAGUUGAAAAAGCUGACAAAGCUCUCCUUAAACAAUAACGCCAUUGUCAAAAUUCCCAAUGUGCUUGUUAAUGCAACCGUUUCACAACUAUUCUUGGAAGGAAAUCCUGUUGUCAACACACAAUCAUUCACACAAAACAAAUCGGUGGCAUUUCCAUCUCUCUCUUAA